UUACGGUUUAGAGGACAGUUGGUCGGUCGGUGGAGCCGGGCUGCUGCUGCUGCUGCUGCUGCUGCUGCUGUCGUUUGGAUCAGCCGUGAGUGUGAACGCUGGAGUAACGGAGAUGCUAACGCUGCUGUGGAGAGUGUGAUCAGUCCCACGCUGCACUGCUGUGGGGGGAUGGACGCAGGCGGGCGCGGAGGAGAGGAGGACUGGAUGGAGGAUCAGUGGGAGAAAUGGCUGACCCAUGAUAUCAGUCUGGAUGAGUUUGAGGAUGAGGAUUUAUCUGAAAUCACAGAAAUCACGGAUGAAAGAGGCCUCAGCCUCAACUGCAACAGCCUGGACAUCAAGAUGAAGCGAGCGUGCGGGGGUCUGUGUGGAGGAGUGUGCGGCGGAGUGUGCAGUGGAGUGCGCGGUGCGGUUGGGACGGUUCAGGCUGAUCUGGAGAACAUCGAGCCCAUCGACUCCGGAGGAGACACACAGGAGCCCAAAACACCCGCAAAAAACCCUGCUGAGCCUGUUACCAUGGAUACGUACCGGCCCAAACGACCCACCACCCUCAACCUGUUCCCACAGGUGCCCCGCACUCAGGACACGCUGAAUAAUAACUCUUUUGGGAAGAAGUAUAGCUGGCAGGAGAAAGUUUCUCGCUCAUCCUCUCCUCUGAAAACAGGUGAACUGACCCCUCCUCAUGAGCACAUCUGCCUGAGUGACGAGGAUAAACUCCAGACCCACACCAAAGAUUGCGGCACUUCCACAGACGCACCUGUCAGACGCCCCGCCUCUUCCAAGCAGAGCCACGCCCCUGCCCCGCCAGUGGCCCCACCUCCAGCCCCACCCUCCAAGGCCCCUCCAGGUGGAGGUGAGGCGGGGCAUCGGGAUCGGAUUCGUUACCAUACGGACGUACGUCUGGAGCCGACGGAGGAGAUUUACCUCACCCCGGUCCAGCGAAGCUCUGAGGCUCUAGAGCCAGACAGACCGAUGCUAGCUCAGACUGGCCACAUGUCAGUUAGCUCAGACAACGAGGGUCCACCUCCUUACCAGCCCCCGUUGUAUGAACAGUUGAAUCCAGCCAUCAGUGAGGUAGAGGAAGAGAUGCCUCCUCCUUCUUACGCCUCUUGCAUAGCAGCCUCCGCAGCCCUGGACCUCAGCAGCAGAACAACUAGCAGAGGAACAAAGGAACUUGACCUCAGUGACCUUAGCUAUGGAGACGGAGGUGCUGGAGAAGCUCGUGCCCAGAGCUUCAGAGACUCUGGAAUUUGCCGGACUUCCAUAAGCAGCUCUGAGGCCAGCGGGCUGUCAUAUGACUCAGUCAAAUACACACUGGUGGUGGACGAGGACGCUCAGCUGGAGCUGGUCAGUUUGAGACAGUGUUACCAUGGGUACAGCGAUGACAGCGAUUCAGCCACGGUUUAUGACAACUGCGUUUCAUCACCAUACGAAUCGGCGCUCGGGGAGGAGUUUGAGGAGGACGAAGAGGAGGAGGUAGGGGCAGGAGUAGGUGGAGUCAGGCGGGAAGCCACUGCCUGUCUCUCAGAAGACUCCACCCCUGAGGCAGACAUACCGUUUUCCAGAAAGUUCCUUAACGUCUUCAUGAACGGACGCUCGCGCUCUUCCAGUGCAGAGUCGUUCGGUUUGUUCUCCUGUGUUAUAAAUGGAGAAGAGAGGGAUCAGAGCCACAGAGCUGUAUACAGAUUUGUUCCUCGGCAUGAGGACGAGCUGGAGAUGGAGGUGGACGACCCCCUGCUGGUGGAGGUCCAGGCGGAGGAUUAUUGGUAUGAAGGCUAUAACAUGCGGACGGGAGCGCGAGGAAUAUUCCCUGCUUACUACGCCAUCGAGGUCACCAAGGAGCCAGAGCAGAUUAAAGUGAGAAGUGAGGACUGGCUGGAGAGCUACAGGCUGAAAUUCCUCGGCUCUGUUCAGGUGCCCUAUCACAAAGGAAACGAUGUGCUGUGCGCAGCCAUGCAGAAGAUCGCCACCAAUAGAAGAAUGACUCUGCAGUAUAACCCCCCCUCAUCCUGCAUCCUGGAGAUCAACAUGAAAGGAGUGAAGCUGGUGGUGCAGGACGAUUUUACCGCUUACGACAGAAGCAGCCAGUGUAGUCACUUCUUCCAGCUGAAAAACAUCUCCUUCUGCGGAUACCAUCCCAAAAACAGCAAAUACUUUGGCUUCAUCACAAAACACCCAGCAGAUCAGAGAUUCGCCUGCCACGUCUUUGUGUCCGAGAACUCCACGAAGCACCUUGCUGAAGCUGUAGGGAAAGCGUUCCAGAUGUAUUAUAAAGAGUUUGUGGAGUUCUCGUGCCCUACGGAGGACAUUUAUCUGGAAUAACCCCCAUCCUGCCCUCUAGUGGCCGUGUACAGAUGUACAGCAAUGUGUAAUAUAAAUAUGUUGCAUGACGGACGAGCAUAAACAUAAUCCAAACACUAAUAUAUCAGACUAAAAAGAAGCAGAGAUGAAGACAUUGCUGCGUUGUGGACGUUCUGGAGCAAAAAGGAACCUUAAUGUGAACUGUCGGAAAACUCGGACACUGAACUGGCCAUCGAGAUCUGCUGAUAUACUGGAGAAGAAGGUUCAGUGUCAUCAAAGCAGGCCAGCAGCUGGAGUUUUACAGCCCUGACUCCUUUACUCUAUUAAUGAGGCUACAGAAAGUGUCAAAUAUAUUUGGACAUUGACCAAAAAGGCCAGUCACUGAAGGAAUAUUGUUGGUGAGUGGAAAAUCCAGACGUUCCUACACUGUAAAAUAAAGCGCACCAUCAUUCUGCAGCACCUGCAUCUAGAAGAGCUCUUUAAGACUGAACAGUGUGGUUGGAUUAAAAACACAGAAGCCUUCUCACGUCUGUCCUCAUCUGGCGUCUCACCUCUCACAGUGUUCUAGAUACUACAGCGCUAAGCUUGCAGUCUGCUUUUCACCCUUUUCAGCUCCUAAUAUGUGCUGCCCUGGUCAUUCUAGUGUGGAGGAAUCUCAGAUAGCCUGUAUGUUCACUGCCCUGCAAAAGGCUGGAAAUUAGAAUGUUUAUGUUACUGAUUUGUUAGUAUAUAUGUAAAGGUAAAAAAUUUGACACAAUGUAAUCAAUUCCUGACAUUGUCAAAUUAUUAUAUUAUCAAUAAUUGUUAUUAAAUUAAUUAAUAGAAGGUCAUAGCUUUGGCAGCAACAGUACACACACACACACACA